AUGGCCUGGAGUUUCCGUGCAAAAGUCCAGCUCAGGGGGCUACUUCUCUCCCUCCUUGGCUGGGUCUGCUCUUCCCAGUGGAAGACUCUUAAUCUGGAACUGAACGAGAUGGAGACCUGGAUCAUGGGGAUUUGGGAGGUCUGCGUGGAUCGAGAGGAAGUCGCCACUGUGUGCAACGCCUUUGAAUCCUUCUUGUCUCUGCCCCAGGAGCUCCAGGUAGCCCGCAUCCUCAUGGUAGCCUCCCGUGGGCUGGGCCUAUUGGGGCUUUUGCUCUCCAGCUUUGGGUCUGAAUGCUUCCAGUUUCACAGGAUCAGAUGGGUAUUCAAGAGGCGGCUUGGCCUCCUGUGAGGGACUUUGGAGGCAUCCGCUUCAAUCACUACCCUCCUUCCAGUCUCCUGGGUGGCCCACGCCACAAUCCAAGACUUCUGGGAUGACAGCAUCCCUGGCAUCAUACCUCGGUGGGAAUUUGGAGGUGCCCUCUACUUGGGCUGGGCUGCUGGUAUUUUCCUGGCUCUUGGUGGGCUAAUCCUCAUCUUCUCAGCCUUCCUGGGAAAAGAAGAUGUGUCUUUUCCUUUGAUGGCUGGUCCCACAGUCCCUCCAUCUUGUGCUCCAGUGGAGGAGUCAGAUGGCUCCUUCCACCUCAUGCUAAGACCUAGGAACCUGGUCAUCUAG